GUGAAGAUUAACAAAGUAGGUUUAUCUAUUUAUAAAGACAUUGGGGAUACUGAUAGUGUGAUACAUUACAGAACAAAAUUUAGCAACAAUGGGUUCUCUUAUGGCAGGAUGGCACUCUUCCCUCUUAGAUCCUAAAUCAGCUACACUUAAAAGGAAUCGUUCACUCACCAAAGAUGAAAUUGAUGCUUAUUGGAGAUCAAAGAAGGAGAUAGAGGAGGAACACCUUAAAGCUAUUUCUAAUCUUUCAGAGACUACUCAGGUUACAAAAUACAAGGAACCUGAGAAGAAGUUUCAGAAGUCAAUCACCAUGCCCAUGGCCAAAGUUGACACAAGUUUGGAGCAUCUUAUUAAGAAAAAUGGAUGGUGGACAAAAAGUAGCUGGGCAUUUUUGAAUGAGCCUCCAGUGACUGAAGCUGCGUCCAACAAGUAUGCAUCUCAGUUUAAUGUUGCCAACAACUCGGGAUCAUCAAAGUUGAACCCCGGAGAUGGAAUUAGUGCUUGAUAUGAAUCUAACUAAGCUACUCAACCCUGUAUAUAUAUAUAUUCACUAGUUUUGGUUUGGUGUCUGUCUAGAUCAAUAUAAUAUAAUAUGAGUAGUGUGGAACAAAUAUUGGGCUCUUUCUUCGAGUCCAUGACAUUAUGUGAGAGGCUUGAUGUAUCAUAGAUCUGGCUGCCAGUUCUAGCUUUCUGGUUAUAGUUCUGCAAAUCAUGUGUGUUUUCUGGUUUGUUUGUAAGAGGGUAAUGAAAAGUCCAAACAAAUUUUUACUAGGGAAAAAAUAUCCUAUGUGUGA